AUGUGCAAUAGGAACGUCGUUCGUCAACAACUAUUAGUAAAGAUUAUUAAAUUGAUCUUGAACUUUAAUGAAGUCACCGAUUUCAAAAGUCUUAGAAGAUUGAAAACUUUGCAACAAUUGAACUUGGUAGAAACUCCAGUUAAGGGUGUUUUUUCAGUACUUGGAGUUAUUGAUGCACUUCAAUUUCAAAACUUGACUAAUAGUGAGAAAGUAGGACUUCGUGGGAUCUUUAAGGAGGUAUAUGGUGAUGAUGAAUCGAAAUAUUUCAAGAAUCCUGAGCUAAUAAUGCCAUCAAUUGGCAGAAACGCACAUUUAAUAGCUGCUCUAGGAGUUCUUCGUCCUUCCUUGUACAUUCAACCUUUGAUGCUUGGUGGAGAAAAUAAGAACUCUAUUUUUGAUUUUGAAAGCGGUGCACUCUUUAGGUUAGCUAAUACUUUUAGAUAG